AUGGUAGUACUUCAAGUGAAAGGUAGAGUAGGGAUGACUGUAGAUAGAAAUGUCCUUUUCGAACCGGCCAGGGACUUGGAGCACAAGGGUUUGAUUUUGUCCCACACUGUUACUGUACUGCGACACGGUGUAUGCCUAGUCCAGGCCAUCAACAUGGGGGACGAAGACUUGUUCUUGGCAAAAGGCACCCAGGUCGGUGCGAUUUCAGAUGCUACAGUAGACUUAAGCAAGCAUUUCAAAGUAGUUGGUGCCCAAGAAGUCCAAAUUUUGUCAUCACCAGUUAGGGGGCAUGAUGAACCAACCAAAUGUCCCAUUGACCUGAGUAAUUUUGAGGGUAGCGAUAGUGAGAGACAGCAGCUAGAGGCAUUGAUAUUAAAGGUCACCCAUAAUAUUUCUUUAUCAGAUGAUACCCUGUUAAACAACCAUAUCGGCGGAUUCCACCAGCGUUUUACAGGAGAAGUACAGGACCAUUUACAAGGGUUGUUAGAGAAACAAAUUAUUAGAGAAAGUUCCAGCCCUUGGGCAUCCCCUAUUGUGUUAGUAAGAAAGAAAGAUGGUACCCUUAGAUUGUGU